CUCUUUGUGACACCCCUCCUGGUGAAAGCCUCGGUUGUCUGCGCUGGGUGGUAGGGACUGUCAUCCUGCCUGCCUGGACGCCUGGGUUUUUUAGGAGAGAAGAAGUUGGCAAAGGGAUGUGACUGCGAUGAUGGCGCUGCAGCUGAAGAAUGGGGAUGCAGUUUACUACCAGAGUGCAGAUUACUGCAGAAAUUACACUUCACCGCCUGUCAGCUAUGGUGACAGCAGCCAUUAUCUUGCACGAUUGCCAGGCCCAGAGACCAUGAUGAAGCCUCCUCUGAGUCUCUUCAGCCACCCCCAGCAGCCUUUCCACCACAUGGACUGUCUGCACCAGCUGGGACCUCCACCAAUGGCGCCUACGCAGCCUCUCGGCCCACCACCCCUUACCCCUGCUCAGGCAAUUGGACCCCCAACUAUGGUUCCUACCCAGACUCUAGGACCCCCUCCCAUGACUGCUGCUCACACAUUAAGACACCACCCCAUUACCCCACCACACAGCUUAGGCCCCCCUCCAAUGGCCCCAGCUCAGCCACUGGGGCCUCCACCAAUGGUACACACCAUGGGUCCCCCACCUGUAGAUCACACACAAGCAAUAGUGCCUCCAACCAUGGACCUCAUACAACCGUUGGGGCCUCCACCUAUGAACCCUGCACAAGCACUGGUGCCCCCACCUGUGGUGGCGCCCGGAGCCGGCCGAUUCGCCCUCCCUCCCUGCCCAAUGUCCUCCCCUCCUGCUCCGGGUCCAGACCCUUCACAUCUGCUCCCAAUGCCCCCGGGACCGGCCCUCAUCCCAGCCCCGAUGUCCUGCCUCAUCCCUGGUCCUCUCCUGGGUCAGGCAGCCCCAGCCAGCGAGCAGCCCCAGGAUGAGGGCUCUCUGCUGGGGAUGGAGGAGCAGGAAGACUCCCUGGGGUUGGGGGAACUGUGUAAACCACUGUACUGUAAACUCUGCAACGUCACCCUCAACUCUGCUCAGCAGGCACAGGCUCACUACCAGGGGAAGAACCACAGUAAAAAGUUACGAAAUUUUUACGCUGGCAGUCAACAGCCUCCAGCCAUCAGGAUCCCAGAAGUCCUCGAGGCGGCUGGCCAGACGUCCCUCAGCUCAGGAUCAAACGACAGUGACGCAGGCAGGCAGGCGCAGUAUAAGGGGGCGACCCGGGUCAUCUUGGCCACAGAGAAUGACUAUUGUAAGCUGUGUGACGCCUCCUUCAGCUCAUUGGCAGUUGCACAGGCCCACUAUCAGGGCAAGAACCACGCCAAGAAACUACGGCUCGCUGAGGCCCAACAGAACUCCAAUAACAUGGAGGGCAGCAAUGAGGCAGCUCCAAGAAGAAACAGGAAAGAUUGCAGUGAGUACAGACUGGUGAAAAACCGCCGCAGCCCACAGCUACCUGCCUCCAUGCCAGGGCCGUACUACAACCCCAGACCGAGGCAGCGCAUCCCCAGAGACUUGGCCAUGUGCGUGACUCCCAGCGGACAGUUCUACUGCUCCAUGUGCAACUGCGGAGCCGAGCAGGAGACGGACUUCAGGCAGCACCUGGAGAGCAAGCAGCACAAAGCAAAAGUGUCGGAGCUGAGAUACCGCCACGAGAUGGAGAACCUCGGCUACAGCUAAGAGACACGAGAGGGGAGGGAGGGAGGGAGGGGAAGAGAUUAGAGAGGGACAGAAUAGGUGGAGAGACAGAGACCAAAGUGCAGGAAAGCAAAUACCACACUGUGUUUGAGGGGCAUAUUUAGUGAAGGGAUUAGCCCAAAUGGCCUCAAGAUCUUGUUGCAAUUCAUUUGCUUAAACACUUAAAUCCUCAUAUUUGACAUAAUGCUCUACCAUACGAAGCUAUAAUUGGAUUUGAUGGAUUUAUUUGAUCUGGGUAUUACUCUUGAAAUUCAGCCUGUAUAUUGAAGCAGGCUGCAAAGUAGCAGAGAACAGGAAUUAGGCACUGAAUCAGAUCACAUUUUUGACCCAGCACCUUUUGUUACACCGUCUCUGGUCAACCGUCCUCUAAUGCUUUGAGUGGUUUGCAUUCUGACUCAGGAUACAGGUAAAUGCAAAUGAAUUGCAGGUAAAUCUUGAGCUUGUUCAGGCUACAGGGAGAGGACUAGUGAUGCACAGAGAGUCAACACGACAGGAGAAGGAAAGACUAGGACAUGCAGAGAGUUCAAGUUUUAAGAAAGAAUGCAAAAUGUGGAAAAUAGAGAGUGAACUGGUUGGUAGAAGUAAAAGGAAGCAUAGGGGUAAACACUUGAGGUCAGAAGAAGUCUCAUCCUUGGGAAAACAAUCAUCAAUGAGGACGAAGUUUGAGACUCGUUUCAAAGAGUGUGAAUCAGCCCUACAGCAGGGACUUCAGGGUCACUUAGUGAGCCACAAAUUCAACAUCUUUAUAACCCAACACAGGUAUUAAAAUCCAAAGCACUAUUCGCUAAUUUAAAACCAACAAAGCACAAUGAACAACAUCACCUGGUAGAAACAGUUUUACAUGAAUCUGUUAGCCUUAGCUGACCUCUUAGCGGUCCUUCGGUGUGUAUCAGGCUGAGGGCUACACCCUGGCUAGCCUUGUUUGUGCCUUUAGUGAGAAUUAGGCUAAAGAGUCAACUUUGGCUAGCCAUUUUGAACAUAUAGUGGAAACCAAUCUACAGUAUUGAGUUUUCUAUAUUCUGUGUCAUCUCUUUUCUUGUGAUAAAUCCACAUAGAUAUUAUGUAAAUAUUCUCAAAUCACAUUAUAGGUGUAAAUAUAGGAUAAUAUACAUUAAUACUAAUGAUUCUUUGGUUAAUGUUAGCCUAGCAUAUAUUGUAUAUACUCCUAAUCUAUUUAAUAAUUAUCAGGAAUCUUGUACAAAUUGUGCACUGACUGAAUGUCUGCCCAUCUUGUUUGCGUGUGAAUUUGCCCUUGUUCACUGGUAAAGUAAUUUUGGUACCGUCCAUCUAGUUAAAAGCUGCUAGUCUCAUCAUUUUGACUGUGCUGGAGGACCACAUGCCGGGAGAGGCUGUCUCUGGAGCUUCUUUGGAUACAGGGACCAGGUACAACACAGCCAAACUGGCCCUGUGAUGGGAAGAAAUGUGCAAACACGUUGGGAACUCAGAGGGAUGCGUGCAACCGAAAGCUUUCAACUCCAAACUUCUAAUUAGUUUGCAAAUUGCAAAUGAAUGCGUGCAGAGCUCAACGGAUGUUUCUGGUUGUAAGACAUAUCAUUUAAUUCUCCCAAUCGCUACUGAUUCCCAGAGGGGACAUAACCAGGUUUUACUGCAGGGUUAAACGGCUGCAGAGGAGUGACGUGGAUUUUGUCUGGAUUUCUAGACAGAUUUAAUUUUAUGUUGUUGGUUGUUGUUUUUUUACCCCGUAUGACCCAGGUCCAGCUGUUAAGCUUAUUCUGAAAAGAUCAGUUAUGUAAUCAGAAUCAAAUUAGAUUUCUGUUUCUGUUUAUUUGAUUAUCCGUUCCAGUUCAGUGGUGCUGAGCUAAACAGGGACAAUGACAGGGACAAAAAACAUCUCUUGUUCUUUACAUACCUAUUUACAGACUUUCUUUAAUCCUUUAAAUAGAAAAAAAAUGAUUUAUUUAUGCCUCAAAAAUCAUUUUAUGUAGCAGUUAAAAGGAUUUUCCACCUAUACAGUAAAUACAGACAGUUCAGAGGAGGAGAAAAAACCUUCCUGUUUCACUUUAUAUUUGCUUUUCCAAUUUUUCCUGCAGAACAGCCGUACACGCACACACACUCCCACAUAACUCAGUCAGUCAAAGGCCUGAUUGGGUCACGUAAUCAUAAAGUGAAAUGAGUGGCAGCUGUUCACAUCUUUCAUUCAUUCGUCUCUAGAGCACAGACACACACCUGAUCACACACAUGAGGACACUCAGGAGAAAAGCACUGUGAGGACAAAGUACUGUGGUGUUUAGGGAUUAAAACAUGUGAGAGAGGGAGAGACAAACAGAACAUAGAAAACAAAAUGCUGAGCUGUUUUAUUAGCCCACUGUGCUUUAUGGUUUAAUAAAAAAAGGAACAACGAUGAGCUGAUGAAAGCAGAGCUGUAAUGAAAGCUGUGGGCUAGUCGAGGAGUUCUUCACAUCAGACUGACUUGCAGUCUGUUAAUAGCACUCCUCCUCCUCCUUCUCCUCCUAGAAAUAACACGAUUUGUCUUACAUGAAAGAAUGGGUAGCAUAACCUUUUAUUAUGUUGACAGGCUCACACUCCACUGCAGCUACUGAACACCUUCAGCAAAGGCAUGAAAUAAUGAACUGCAAAGGAAUGGAGGAAAUGAGGAGAUCGUAGGAAACUAACUACUAAAAGGCAUCGCCUAAAGAGUCUUUAAGAUAAGACAGUAGCCUGGAAACCUUCUUGGUUUCUGUUCAGUCGUGUAUUUGGAUUCUCAGUGGGACCCCUUAAAAUAUAUACUUGAGACCCCUCAUCACAGGUUAUGGCCUUAGUGUGGACAACCAAAGCUGGAUUUUUCCUUGUCAGAUUGUUUCUUUGAACAAGACGGCCAACUACCCGGGGGCCCCAAACCCCCCGAGGCCCCCAAUGCCCCAGUUUCACUGCAUGCUGAUUGGAUUUUGUAAUUUGAUAAAUUGAAAAGAUGUUGAGGAGUUUGCACAGCAACUAAGGCAAGUUUGGCAUUAUUAGUUAAUCCUGACCUGUAUUGUCUUGUAGAGUUUUGUGUCAAAACCUAGUUUUAAGACCUUUUAAGACCUACUUUUUAGUUUCUAUUGUGUUCACAUGCUGCAUAUUCCUAUUUAAACUUUUGCUUAAUCAAAUUACCUAGCUGUGACAUUGAAAACCCUUUUUUCCAGGAAACAAAGGGAGGGAGAGGGGUCAGACGUAGGACUGGGCAAUAUGACAAUAUAUAUCAAAACAAUAUAAAAAUGUCAUACUAGCUAGAAGGAAGCUAAAUAACGCUCCAAA